GAUAAAUUGGUGUUUAAAUGUGAAAUGGAUCUCCCAAGGUCGUUGAACAAACGUCAAACCUCCAAUAUGGGGACUUUCGUACUGGCGUCGAUUGCUUGGGGGAUACCCUGACUGUAAUUUAGUUUCUUCUACUGUGUAUUCGUGUGAUGUAAUUUGACGUACUUAUAAUAAAGUAAACACUGCGCAAUGAGGUUAAAAAUAUCAAUAAUAAUUUAAAUAAUUUAAUGUGUGUGAAUUAAUUCACGUGAUUUUGAAUUACAAAUGAAAUUUUGAUGCCGUGUUGAUUUAUAUACACAAGUUAAAGAUGUCACAAACGGGCCCUCAAAAGACUGUACUUAAACCUAUAAUAAUUGGUAACAGGAAAAUGUAUCUUCAUCCGCCAAAAGUUUUAACUAAAGUGCCGUAUAGAUCGAUUCAGCAAUACAAAGAUGAGAUCAUUUAUUCGUCGCCGAAUUGUGACUUUUUAAGAGGGGAGUCCCAGGAAGUAGUGAUAGUGAAUCGAAUGAACUUGUUCACUAAGACGUGUCGGACGGUCGCGAGGUGUACUAGCCGGGGAAUUUGCGUGGAAACUACGUCAGACAUCGUCGUCGCCGCUAUAGGUCAGAAGAAUUACGAAAGAGUCCUGUGCGCUUUAUCAUCCGUAUUCAAUGAAGAAACUAAAGUUAGAGGCAUUUUAGCUUUGUUGGGUGUCCAAAAAACCUUCAACACCAUCGGGACACAGAGUAGUAUGGAAAUAACUGAGGUUAAGAAAGAUCUUGCCAGUACGGGAAGCCAAACUGAUGAUUCUCGAUUAUAUUUUUCCUUAAAAGAAAAACAAAGGAGACGGAUACGGAGACCGUUGGCACCGUAUGUUGUUACGGAAAAAGUGAAGAAAUUUGUGGUGAAUCCCAGUGAUGUGAGGAAAAACGUAACCAAGAAAAAGGCGGAAGAGAAAAUCCAGCAAUUUAGAGAGAAGGCCCUUCCAGAGUUAAGAGAAGUGAUAGAUGAAGACAGUAAUAUUUCAGACGCCAGUAACUUAUCGGCGUCCAGUUGGCCUAGCGUUCCAGGGAUCCUUGAUAACACGGAUCAGUUUCUGAACCAGAUCGACAAAGUUACGGAUAAGACGUUAAAUUCUACGGAGAUCAAACUGCGAGACGGUAGUGUUAUAAUGAUUCCGGUUAAGCCUGAGGACGACUUCCAUAUAGCAACACCAGAGGUGCUCAAAAAUGUGACGCGCGAGGAAGGGCUGAAGCUUUUAUGGCAUCAGGCGUUCAUUGACUUCAAAUUGUGUCUCGAACAAGAUGAAGAUGGAUAUUACCCUCUCCACAUCGCAGUGCUACACAAUGACGUGGACCUUGUAAGGAGACAGUGCGCGUCGUUGCGAGCUCGACAUGAAUCCGUGGAUAUACCCGCAGGUGGCUUGACGGCCCUCCACAUGGCGGUACGCCAAAACGUGUCCGUCGCCUGCACCAACAUACUACUUCAAAAUGGCGCCGACCCGCUCCUCUGCGAUCAGGACCGGCGUUGCAGUAUACAUUUGGCUGCUGAAUUGGAUUCCCCACAACUGAGGACCUUACUGGCUUACUGCGAUACUCAUGCCAGGAGCGUGCUCAAAAACAACCUAGACUUCUGGCGGCCCGAACUCGAUUCCAAGUCGGACAACGAACUUACAAGAUUAAUGUAUAACUGCAUUAGCGAGAUGUUCGACGACCAAGGCUACAGUCCACUGAUGAUAGCAGCGGAGGCGGGUAUCCCCUCGAACGUGUCGCUGCUGUGCGCGCGCUGUGGGCCGCUGGUGGACGCGCCGGCGCCCGACUGCGGCGCCACCGCGCUGUACCGCGCCGUCGCUCGAGCCUGCCUGCACGCCAAAGAAACCGGAAACACGACGACAACUCCAGAAAAAUACCUCAAAUCCAUAGAGAUCCUAGUAGAGCACGGCGCUGAUCCGAGCAUAGAGAAUCAAUUCGCAUCAUCCGUAAACACAUUAUUAACUGAAUUCAACCUCUGCUCUCUAUCCAUGACCAUAGCCAACAAAAUGACCGCUUUAAAACAUGGUCGCUUCGCCCGGGACAGAUUAAACAUGAUCCUAUUUAAAAAUAGCGAUGGGAGCAUAGAUUACACAGAUAUCAAUGAUGUUACAGAUGUAACACCAAGGACUGUGGAAACGGGAUUACAUGCAGUUAUAACUGUUGAUGUUCCUGAGAAAAAAAGAAAGUCAAGUCCAAAUGUAAAUACUGACAUUAGUACAGCUUCAAAACCUAAGUUUGGACCUAAAAUUGAAGUCUUAAAACAAGUACUAACAGAUAACAAAAUAGAUUAUAAAGAAGUAAAUAUAAAUAAAUUGAACGAACUCAAACCAGAAACAGCUCAGGAUGUAAUAAUGCAACAAGUCAAACUUGGCAAUGUUAUUAUAAAACCUAAAACGGAUGUGAAUGAUAUUGAGAGCAAUAAACUUGAAUUAAAGAGACCGGCGCUUAAAAUACAUAAAGUGAAUUUGAAAGAAAUUAACGAUGGAAGUCAGAAUAGUAGUGUUACUUUCAAAAGAUUGAGCUCGGGACAAAUGAUAGCUAUAACUAAAACGAAACCUCCUGAAGGCGUUUUACCUCCAAACUCGGAUAGAAAAUUUAACUUUAUUAAAAUAAAACCUGCACCCAUAGUUAAUAACGAUAAAAUUAUACAGAAAAGUCCGAAGAAAUCAACAGAAGUUGAUGAAAUUAGAUCUGCGAAAGAAAGAAAAAUAGAUAACGUAGUCAUAGUCGAAAAUGUUCCGGUGAAUACCGGUUUUCAAAUACCUAAUGUGACGCCUGGUUCUAGCAAAACAGCUAGAGCUAGGGAUAUAGUCAUAUCGCCUAAAAUCUCGCCUAAAGAACUGAGUAAAAAUUUAGUACCUAAAGAACUGAGUAUGGAUGAUAUUUCUCCGAAAAUAAUCAUAGGUAAGCAGGACGUUGAAACUGUGAAACGUUUUAAAAAAAGAAAGUUAGUUUCAGAAUGAAUUUAACAUAUAUAGAUGGUCAAGCAAAUUUGCCAGUAGAAAAAGGCGCGAAAUUCAAAUUUUCUAUGAGACGAUAUCCCUUCUCGCCUACAUUUUUCAAAUUUUCCGCCUUUUUCUACUGACAAGAUUUGCUUGACCAUCUAUAUUAACUUGGUGGCUGAUUUAUAUUAUAUUAUGUUGAGAUAAAAUAUGUUUUUAUCGCAGAGUUCUCAAAUUGGGUAUUUGACUGUAUUUAAAAUAAAUUAUUUUAACCCAUGCAUGAAAUAAAGCACCAGAAGAUUAAUAGAGAAACGUAGACAGAAGUUAUUUUUAGACACAAUUUCUAUUUUAAAACUCGUAUAAAACUAUAAAGAGUAGGUAAUUUGAUCGUGACGUCACAUGCUAGUAUUUUCAUAUGAAUUCCAUAGUAGUAAAUAGUUUUGACAGUUCGUAAAAAGAAACUGAUUUGACUAGUAGUCAAAUACCCUAUAGACAGAGAUACAGAUGUAGUGUAUAAUUAUUUUC